UUUCCAAAAUGGCUGCUCGCAUUUUAUUCGUGCUAGUUGCAGGGAUUUUAUCUGUUUAACAUUGGAGACGCUUUUCUAACUUCAGGACCGUAUUGUAAAUUUGGUGCGUUGCUUUCGGUAUUUCAUUAUCGGUAGGAAAGACACACCGUUGCGGAUUUGUGUGUGUGUUUUUAAAAAGAAGUCUUGACAGAAAGGCUAGCAUUAGCGUGCUAGCUCGAGCAGCCAUGCCAGCUCAGACUCUGUUCGUCGGCUCGCUGCCGGCGUCAGCUUCGAACGAACGCCUGGAGGAGAUUUUCUCCGAGGUUGGUCCCGUCAAGCAGUGCUUCGUGGUCAGAGAGAAAGGCGCAGAAACAUGUCGAGGAUUUGGCUACGUCACGUAUGCCAUGGAGGAGGAUGCACAGCGAGCGUUAAAAGACAUAAAGGAGUACGAUGGAAAGAAGCUUUCUAUUUCGGUGGCCAAAAAGAAAUUGAAGGACAAAAAGAAAUCAGCGACAAAAGAGCCAGAUGCAGCAGCAGUGCAAGCAGUGCCACCGCCUUCCAAAGAAACUGAGCAGAAAGUUAAGAACAUCAGGAAAAACACCCUGAAAGCUAGACUCAUCAUUAGGAAUCUCAGUUUUAAGUGCUCAGAGAAGGAGCUCAUAGAGGUUUUUGGCAAGUUUGGAGAAGUGCUUGAAGCUAAAAUACCUCUUAAACCUGAUGGUAAGAUGCGAGGCUUUGCGUUCGUCCAGUUCAAAACUAUGUCGGGGGCAGCCAAAGGGCUCCAAACCAUGAACCUGAAGGAGAUUAAAGGCCGCCAAGUGGCUGUCGACUGGGCUGUGCCGAAGGACAAGUAUGUCGCCAUGCAGGAGACAUCCACCACAGAGACUACGACAAGUGACGACGCUACUGUGAAAAAAGAUGACCCUCAGUCUGAUGGUGAAGAUGAGGACGAGGAAGAGAGUCAAGUCGCUAACAACAAGGUCGGUCCCAACAAAUGUGGACCACCGAAGAAGGAGUUGCUGUCAGAUGAUGAUGAUGAUGAUGAUGAUGAAGAAGAAGAAGAAGACAGUGAUGAAGAGGAGGAUGGAAACAAUGACGUGUCCCAGGAGGUCGAAAAUGAUGAUGCUAGCCUUGAUACAGCCAAGGAGGAUGAGGAUGAUGAGGAUGAAGAUGAUGAGGAGGAGGAGGAAGAGGAUGGCGACCAAUCAGCUCAAAAGAAGUCAAAGAAGAUGCUCCCGUCAGAUGUGAAGGAAGGAAGAACAAUUUUCAUCAGGAAUCUGUCGUUUGACACUGAGGAAGAAGGACUGGAAGAAGCUCUCCUCCAGUACGGAGAACUGAAAUACGUCAAGAUUCUUAUCCAUUCAGACACGGGACAUUCGAAAGGUUGUGCCUUUGCUCAGUUUAAAGCCAAAGAAGCAGCAGACAGAUGCAUUGCCGCUGCGCAAGACGAAGCAGAGGCCGACGGAAUCCGAGUGGACGGGAGGAAGCUGCUCAUUGUGGCCGCCGUGAGUAGAGAUGACGCGGCCAAGUUGAAGGUCAAUAAAGUCAAAGUGCAAACGGGGAGCAGGAACUUGUAUCUGGCCAGAGAAGGACUGAUCCGUGCCGGAAGCAAGGCGGCAGAGAGUGUGCCUGAAGCAGACAUGAUCAAGAGAGCCAGAUUUGAGGAGAUAAAAAGGGCUAAACUUCGAGACAUCAGCAUUUUUGUCUCCAAGAAUCGUCUGUGCGUCCACAACCUGCCAAAAUCCUUGGAAAGUGCGAAGCUGCGAGCGCUGUGCCUUCGUGGACUCGGCGGCGUCAAAAGCAUCAGGAUGCCAGAGUGUCGCAUCAUGUAUGACAGGAAGCCUGAGAAGGGUCAGGUGAUGGGCCAAUCCCUGGGCUAUGGCUUUGUCCAGUUCACAGAGCACGAGCACGCUCUGGCCACGCUGCGCUACCUCAACAACAACCCGGACAUCUUUGGUGGUCACAAGAGGCCCAUCGUUGAGUUCUCGCUGGAGGAUUCCCGCAAGCUCAAGAUCAAGGAAAUGCGACGGCAAAAAAGCAAGGAACAUAAUUUGAAACAGCAAGGUGGAAAAGGCAAUGUGAUGCCUCAGAAGAGCAGAGAUUGGAAAGAAACCAACCGAGCUCCUCACGCCAAACAGAGGCCAAGCAAGCACUGUGGCUUCCAGACCAAGCCUGAGGUGGAGCACGUAGACCUGGAGAAUGGAAAGAAGCGGAGGAAGGUGCUGGCCUUCCCGUCCCACCGAGGACCCAAGAUCAGAAUGCGCGACAAAGGGAAGCAGAAGGCUCCGCCCCCCAAGAAAGCGCAGCGUGGAGGAAGCAAGAGAGACUGGCAAACGCGGCAAAUGGAGAAGCCCACACAGACAAGAAACCAGAACGCUAAAGGAGCAACGAGGCAUUCGAGGAAUAGGGACGGCGAUAGUUUUGACAGCCUAGUGGAGCAGUACAAGAAGAAACUUCUCUCCAGGAGUGAGAAAAGCUCCAGUAUGAGAAAAAGCAAGUGGUUUGAUAACUAAACUUGUUAAUUUGGACAUUUAGCAUCUAUCCUAAGAUGCUGAUUCUGUGGUUAGGUGUUAUCAUUGUACACCAUAUUUGUAUGAACCUCAUGUUAAACUAUUGUGGCGCUCCCUGCCACCGAAAGAAGUGUUUUUACAUCUAGUCUGUCUUUUUUUUUUUUUUUUAAACUAUGAAAUCAAAUUGCUCUACAUUUGUCUACUCAAUUUGACAGUGGACUUUUAUUGCAAGAUGAUAGGUGUUUGCAGCAAGAUGCACAAGUGGUUAGCACAUCUGCCUUACACUUCUGAUGUUUGCUCAUCGAAUCCCAGCUCUGGUGUGGUUGUGUGGAGUUUGCAUGUAAGUGGGGUUCCUCCCACAUUCCCAAACAUGCACAUCAGGUUCAUGAAGACUCUAAAUUAGGUGCGAAUAUUCAUUCAUUCAUCUUCCGUUCCGCUUAGCCUCACUAGGGUCGCGGGGGUGCUGGAGCCUAUCCCAGCUAUCUUUGGGCGAGAGACGGGGUACACCCGGAACUGGUCGCCAGCCAAACGCAGGGCACAUAGAAACAAACAACUGUUUGCACUCACUUUCACACCUAUGGUCAAUUUAGAGUCUUCAAUUUACCUACCCUGCAUGUUUUUGGGAUGUGGGAGCAAACUGGAGCACCCGGAGAAAAACCACGGGGGCACGGGUUGAACAUGCAAACUCCACACAGGCGGGGCCGGGAUUUGAACUACGGUCCUCAGAACUGUGAGGCAGAUGUGCUAACCAGGCGUCCAUCGUGCCAAGGUGUGAAUAUGUCAAAAAAAUCAGAUUUCUGUUUUUCCUAAAUAUUUUUUCGCCUUUGCUUAUAAAUGACAAUGACAUUAUUCAAAAUGAGUUUGUAUUUCCAGUUUUUUUUCUCCUGAUACCAAACAUUCUCUGAAAUAGAUUUUCCCUCCCAACAUUAACUUGCAUCAACUUCUAUAGACACAAAAGAAUGUUUUUUGUUUUUUUUAAGAUGGUGUGAAAAUGUGUCCCAUUAUUCAAAUGUUAUAUUUAAUAAACUUUUUCUUUUUUUGAAUGAGCCGUCAAACUGCAUGGCUUCAUAUAUCUGUUGUCCGACCUUGGUAAAAAAAAUAUUUACAGCAUGGAACCACAUAAAUUAGGUCUAAAGUUGCCAACAUGAAGGCUUCUUUCUUGUCAUACGCAACAAUAAGGAAACUAUGGAAACUCCCUCUAAAAGGAAAAAAGAAAAAGAAAAUGGAUGGAUGGACGGAUCACAACAGUUGAAUUGAAAGAGUGGCACUUUAUUCCACCUAUUUUUCCUUAAAUUGUUUUUAUAAAAGGCAAAUACAGUACAAAAAUAUACAAAAUGCACAUUUGAAGGUGAUAAAUAGCAGUAUUGGAAGAGCUGGUGACAUACAUAAAAUCCCAGUAUUUAAAUAAGAGUUGUGGGUACCCAGUGGUUAGCACAUCUGCCUCAAGGUUCUGAGGUUCUGGGUUUGAAUCCGCACUGCAGCCUUCCUGUGUGGAGUUUACGUUUUCUCUGUACUUGCAUGGGAUUUCUGCGGGUACUCUGGGUUCCUUCCAUAUUCCAACAUGCAUGUUUGGUUCAUUGAAGACUAAAUUGUCCAUGUUUGUGAAUGAUGCCAAAAUUCAGAAAAAUCCACUUUUUGCUUCACCACUGUUUAUUUUAAUGUAAAAAAAAAAAAAAUCAAUACUGCGUGUCCCAAAAGUCACUAUAUAAUUCAUUUUUUCUGUUUUGUUUCUGAUAUUAUUCAUGCAGACAGAAGGGCAUCAGCAUUUGAGAGCUUAGAUUUUGCAGUUUUUGUAAGCAUAGCAAUCCGUUGCCCAGGGCUAAUGCAUUGACAUUGGAUAAGUGUUGCAAAAACGUUUCUUUCCUCGACUGCGGUUCUGCGCAAUUUAUAUAGCAAUAGCAAUUUAUGCUAUUCACGACAAAUUUCUUGAAACAGCUUCUGUUCUUGACAAACUACGCAGCUGAAGGCCUGCCACAAUUGAUGAAAACACUGAACUUCUACAGCAGGCGUAUGUGCAAAUCCAGAGAAAAUCUACCCAGAGGGCUACACUGGAACUCGGCAUCAACAAAAGCUCGAUUUAACAGAUUCUUCAGAGAGUGAUAAAAGCCUAAACUGUGAACUGCUGCUGGCCUCAUGUCUAUCCGAAUGAUAGCUGAAAU